UAUUGUAUUGCCCUUGGCAUGAGAAUAUAUCUAUUCCAUCAGUGGUGUGUUAGGACUAACAUAGUUUCAACAAGCAUAUAAGAGGCCGCAGGUAGCGGCACCUCCUCCGCCAGGAUGUCUGGCACAGGUACGGUGCUACAACAGUUUGUGAGCGGCCUCAAGAGUCGAAACGAGGACACGCGUGCCAAAGCUGCUAAAGAACUUCAGCAUUAUGUCACUACAGAGCUCAGAGAACUGAGCCAAGAAGAUGCCACAACAUUUUAUGAUGAGCUGAACCACCACAUAUUCGAGCUGGUUUCCAGCUCAGAUGUGAAUGAGAAAAAAGGAGGUAUUCUUGCUAUAGUGAGCUUGAUCGGUGUGGAGGGAGGCAAUGCCACAAGGAUCAGCCGCUUCGCUAACUACUUGCGCAACCUGCUGCCGUCCAGUGACCCUGUUGUCAUGGAGAUGGCAUCCAAGGCCAUGGGCCACCUAUCCAUGGCAGGCGACACAUUUACUGCAGAGUAUGUGGAGUUUGAGGUAAAACGGGCUCUGGAAUGGUUAGGAGCUGACCGGAACGAGGGUCGACGCCAUGCGGCGGUGCUGGUGUUGCGUGAAUUGGCGGUCAGCGCUCCCACUUUCUUCUUCCAACAAGUGCAGCCGUUCUUUGACAACAUCUUCUACGCCGUGUGGGACUCGAAGCAGGCGAUCCGGGAGGGAGCCGUGUCUGCUCUCCGAGCUUGCCUGAUCCUCACCACCCAGAGAGAGACCAAAGAAAUGCAGAAGCCUCAGUGGUACAAGCAAACCUUUGAAGAGGCAGAGAAAGGAUUUGACGAAACUCUUGCCAAAGAGAAAGGCAUGAACAAGGACGACAGGGUUCACGGAGCUCUGCUGAUUCUAAACGAGCUGGUCCGCAUCAGCAGCAUGGAGGGAGAGCGAAUGCGUGAGGAGAUGGACGAGAUCACGCAGCAGCAGAUGGUUCACGAUAAGUACUGCAAGGAACUCAUGGGAUUCGGCACAAAGCCGCGCCACAUCACCCCCUUCACCAGCUUUCAGUCAGUGCAGCCGCCUCAGUCCAACGCCCUGCUUGGACUCCUGGGGUACAGCAGCCAGCAGUGCUUUCUCAGUUUCGGUGCUGUGCCCGCGCCAUCCAAGAGCACCUUGGUGGAGAGCCGCUACUGCCGAGAGCUGAUGGAGGAGCGCUUCGACCAGGUGUGCCGGUGGGUGCUGAAGUACAGGACCACUAAAAAUCCUCUCAUCCAGAUGACUAUUCUCAAUUUGCUGCCACGCCUGGCGGCCUUCCAGCCAUCCACCUUUACGGAUCAGUAUUUGGCCGACACAAUGGGCCACCUUCUAGGCUGUCUGAAAAAGGAGAAGGAGCGCACAGCUGCAUUUCAGGCCCUGGGACUCCUAGUGGUGGCAGUCAGGACUGAAAUUCAGCCCUUCCUCACCAAAAUCCUGGAGAUCAUUAAAGCGGCGCUGCCACCGAAGGAUUUUGCACACAAGAGACAGAAGGCCAUGCAGGUUGAUGCCACUGUGUUUACCUGCAUUAGCAUGCUGUCUAGAGCUAUGGGACCCAGCAUCCAACAAGAUAUCAAGGAGCUACUGGAGCCCAUGUUAGCUGUUGGGCUAAGCCCCGCCCUGACUUCUGUACUCUAUGAUCUGAGCCGUCAAAUCCCUCUACUUAAGAAGGACAUCCAGGAUGGACUGCUGAAGAUGCUGUCACUGGUGCUAAUGCACAAGCCACUCCGGCACCCUGGGAUGCCCAAGGGCCUGACACACCAACUGGCCUCACCCAGCCUCACCAAUAUUCCUGAAGCCAGUGACGUGGGCAGCAUCACCCUGGCUCUGCGCACCCUGGGCAGCUUUGAGUUUGAGGGUCAUUCACUGACGCAGUUUGUGCGCCACUGUGCCGACCACUUCCUAAACAGCGAGCACAAGGAGAUCCGCAUGGAGGCAUCGCGUACCUGCUCUCGCCUUCUCACGCCCUCCAUCCAUCUGAUCAGCGGCCACGGCCAUGUGGUCAGCCAGACGGCUGUGCAGGUGGUGGCCGACGUCCUCAGCAAACUGUUGGUAGUAGGCAUUACUGACCCAGAUCCAGACAUUCGUUACUGUGUACUGGCCUCUCUGGACGAGCGCUUCGAUGCCCAUCUGGCACAGGCAGAGAACCUACAGGCUCUUUUUGUGGCACUGAACGAUGAGGUGUUCGAGAUCCGGGAGCUGGCAAUCUGUACCAUUGGCCGCCUCAGCAGCAUGAACCCAGCUUUCGUCAUGCCUUUCCUGCGCAAGAUGCUCAUUCAGAUCCUGACUGAGCUCGAGCACAGCGGCGUGGGUCGAAACAAAGAGCAGAGCGCUCGCAUGCUGGGUCACCUGGUGUCCAACGCUCCCAGACUCAUCAGGCCGUACAUGGAGCCCAUUCUUAAAGCCCUCAUCCUGAAGCUGAAGGAUCCAGACCCUAACCCUGGCGUAGUCAUUAGCGUCCUAGCCACCAUCGGAGAGCUGGCUCAGGUGAGUGGACUGGAGAUGAGAAAGUGGAUGGAUGAGCUUUUCCCCAUUAUCAUGGACAUGCUCCAGGACUCGUCUUCACUUGCCAAAAGACAGGUUGCGCUGUGGACCCUGGGCCAGCAGGUUGCCAGUACAGGCUACGUGGUGGAGCCUUACAGAAAGUAUCCCUCUCUGCUUGAGGUGCUGCUCAACUUUCUGAAAACCGAGCAGAACCAGGGAAUCAGACGAGAGGCCAUCCGUGUGCUGGGUCUCCUCGGUGCACUGGACCCCUAUAAGCACAAGGUCAACAUAGGCAUGAUCGACCAAUCACGCGAUGCAUCUGCUGUCAGCCUCUCGGAAUCCAAGUCCAGUCAAGACUCAGCUGACUACAGCACCAGCGAGAUGCUUGUGAACAUGGGGAACCUGCCUUUAGACGAGUUCUAUCCAGCAGUUGCCAUAGUAACCCUGAUGCGCAUCCUACGUGACCCUUCGCUCUCCAACCACCACACCAUGGUGGUGCAGGCCGUCACCUUCAUCUUCAAGUCACUGGGCCUCAAGUGUGUGCAGUUCCUACCACAAGUCAUGCCCACGUUUCUCAACGUCAUCCGAGUGUGUGACACCAGUAUAAAGGAGCUGGUUCCACUCUUGGGGAUGGUGGUGUGCUUUGUGAAGAUCCAUAUUCGACCAUACAUGGAUGACAUUGUCGCCCUGAUCCGGGAGUAUUGGACCCCCAACAACCCAAUGCAGAACACUAUCAUCCUGCUCAUAGAACAGAUAGUCGUGGCUCUGGGAGGAGAGUUCAAGCUGUACCUGCCUCAGCUAAUCCCACACAUGCUGCGUGUCUUCAUGCACGAUAGCAGCCCAGGCCGAGGUGUCACCAACAAGCUGCUCCUGGCCAUACAGCUGUUUGGUGCCAACCUGGAUGACUACCUCCAUCUGCUGCUGCCUCCUAUUGUCAAGCUGUUUGAUGCCCCUGAUGUCCCACUGCAAGCUCGCAAGGUUGCCUUGGAGACCUUGGACCGUUUGACGGAGUCCCUCGACUUCACUGACUACGCUUCCAGAAUCAUCCACCCCAUCGUUCGCACUCUGGACGGGACCCCUGAGCUGCGAAUCACUGCAAUGGACACCUUGUCCUCGUUGGUUUUCCAGCUUGGUAAAAAGUACCAGAUCUUCAUUCCCAUGGUGAACAAAGUCAUGCUGAAGCAUCGAAUCAACCACCAGCGCUAUGAUGUGCUCAUCUGCCGCAUUGUUAAGGGUUACACUCUGGCCGACGAGGAAGAGGACUCUCAGAUUUUCCACCAUCGGCAAUCGCGUAGUAGCCAAGGGGACACGCUGGAGGGCAGUCCGGUGGAACCAGGACCAAUGAAGAAGCUGCAUGUCAGCACCACAGCACUUCAAAAGGCAUGGGGUGCUGCCAGGAAGGUAUCCAAAGACGAUUGGCUGGAAUGGUUGCGGCGUCUAAGCGUCGUCCUGCUGAAAGAGUCUCCCUCUCCUGCCCUUCGUUCCUGUUGGUCCCUCGCUCAGACCUACAUUCCACUGGCCAGGGAUCUCUUUAAUGCUGCGUUCCUGUCGUGCUGGUCUGAGCUGAGUGAGGACCAACAGGAUGAGCUGAUCCGCAGCAUUGAGCUAGCGCUGACCUCACAGGACAUCGCUGAGGUCACUCAGACUCUGCUCAACCUGGCGGAAUUUAUGGAGCACAGUGACAAGGGUCCACUUCCUUUAAGGGACGACAACGGAGUCGUCUUGCUGGGUGAAAGAGCCGCUAAAUGCCGUGCCUAUGCCAAGGCUCUUCAUUACAAAGAACUGGAGUUCCAGAAAGGCCCGUCUCCUCUUAUUCUGGAAUCACUUAUUAGUAUCAACAACAAGCUGCAACAGCCGGAGGCCGCGUCAGGGGUCCUGGAGUACGCCAUGAAGCACUUUGGUGAAUUGGAGAUCCAGGCCACCUGGUAUGAGAAGCUCCAUGAGUGGGAAGAUGCUCUGGUUGCCUACGAUAAGAAGAUUGACAUGAACAAAGAGGACCCCGAGCUCAUUCUUGGCCGCAUGCGGUGUUUAGAGGCGCUGGGUGAAUGGGGUCAGCUACAUCAGCAGUGCUGUGAAGAAUGGACGCUGGUCAGCGAAGAGACACAGGCCAAGAUGGCACGCAUGGCAGCUGCUGCAGCCUGGGGCCUCGGACACUGGGACAGUAUGGAAGAAUACACCUGUAUGAUCCCUAGAGAUACCCAUGACGGUGCCUUCUAUAGGGCUGUGCUCGCAUUGCACCAGGAUCUCUUCUCAUUGGCUCAACAGUGCAUCGACAAGGCCAGAGACCUGCUGGAUGCUGAGCUGACCGCCAUGGCUGGAGAGAGCUACAGCAGAGCAUAUGGGGCCAUGGUGUCGUGUCAGAUGCUGUCAGAACUAGAGGAGGUGAUACAGUAUAAACUGGUUCCAGAGAGGAGAGAUAUCAUCAGGGAGACAUGGUGGGAACGAUUACAGGGCUGCCAUCGAAUAGUGGAGGACUGGCAGAGGAUCCUGAUGGUGCGUUCUCUGGUCAUCAACCCACACGAGGACAUGAGGACGUGGCUGAAAUAUGCCAGCCUGUGUGGAAAAAGUGGACGACUGGCUCUGGCUCAUAAGACUCUUGUGCUGCUGCUCGGUGUUGACCCAUCCAAACAGCUGGAUCACCCGCUGCCCACGGCCCACCCGCACGUGACCUACGCUUAUAUGAAGUACAUGUGGAAGAGUGCACGCAAGAUCGACGCCUUUCAGCACAUGCAGCACUUUGUGCAGGGCAUGCAGCAGCAAGCGCAGCAUGCCAUUGCAGCCGAGGACCAACAGCACAAGCAGGAGCUGCACAAACUCAUGGCCAGGUGUUUCUUGAAAUUGGGUGAAUGGCAGCUCAGUCUACAGGGCAUCAACGAAAGCACCAUUCCUAAAGUGCUACAGUAUUACAGUCAUUCCACUGAGCAUGAUCGUAACUGGUACAAGGCCUGGCACGCCUGGGCUGUCAUGAACUUUGAGGCCGUGCUCCACUACAAGCACCAAAACCAGGGCCGGGAUGAGAAGAAGAAACUCCGGCACCCCAGCGGCGCUAGCGGAGCCAGCGUUAACAGCGAAGCCAGCAACAGCGAUAACGAAGCGGAGGGUGCUGAUCACAGCGCAGCACCAUCACCCGGCCAGAAAAAAGUCAAUGAGGAUUUGUCCAAGACUCUCCUGCUCUACACAGUUCCCGCCGUCCAGGGCUUCUUCCGAUCCAUCUCGCUCUCACGUGGAAACAAUUUACAGGACACGCUGAGAGUCCUGACCCUGUGGUUUGAUUAUGGCCACUGGCCUGAAGUGAAUGAAGCUCUAGUAGAAGGAAUCAAAACCAUCCAGAUAGACACCUGGUUACAAGUAAUUCCCCAGCUGAUAGCUCGUAUAGAUACCCCUCGUCCACUGGUGGGACGCCUCAUCCAUCAGUUGCUUACAGACAUCGGGCGCUAUCACCCACAGGCUCUGAUCUACCCAUUGACCGUGGCAUCCAAGUCCACCACUACAGCUCGGAACAAUGCUGCCAAUAAGAUCCUGAAGAACAUGUGUGAGCACUGUAACACACUGGUCCAGCAAGCCAUCAUGGUGAGUGAGGAGCUGAUCAGGGUGGCCAUCCUGUGGCACGAGAUGUGGCACGAGGGCCUGGAGGAGGCCUCACGCCUGUAUUUCGGCGAACGGAACGUCAAGGGCAUGUUUGCCGUGCUGGAGCCUCUUCAUGCCAUGAUGGAGAGAGGACCUCAGACCUUAAAGGAGACGUCCUUUAAUCAGGCGUAUGGUCGAGAUCUGAUGGAGGCACAGGACUGGUGCAGGAAGUACAUGCGCUCAGGGAACGUGAAGGAUCUGACCCAGGCCUGGGACCUGUAUUACCAUGUGUUCCGCAGAAUCGCCAAACAGCUGCCACAGCUCACUUCUCUGGAGCUGCAGUACGUCUCACCCAAGCUUCUUAUGUGUCGGGACCUGGAGCUCGCUGUGCCGGGCACUUAUGACCCAAAUCAGCCAAUCAUACGCAUCCAGUCUAUCGCACCAUCACUGCAGGUCAUCACUUCCAAACAGAGACCGCGCAAGCUCACCAUUAUGGGCAGCAACGGGCACGAGUUCAUGUUCCUGCUCAAGGGACACGAGGAUCUGCGUCAAGACGAGAGGGUCAUGCAGCUGUUCGGGCUUGUCAACACCCUGCUGGCUAAUGACCCAGCAUCUCUUCGGAAGAAUCUCAGUAUUCAGAGGUAUGCAGUAAUCCCAUUGUCCACCAACUCUGGCCUGAUUGGCUGGGUUCCUCACUGUGACACGCUGCAUGCUCUGAUCCGAGAUUAUCGCGAGAAGAAGAAGAUCCUGCUCAACAUCGAGCACCGCAUCAUGCUCAGGAUGGCUCCAGACUACGACCACCUGACUCUGAUGGAGAAGGUGGAGGUGUUCGAGCAUGCAGUGAAUAACACGGCGGGAGACGACCUCGCCAAGCUACUGUGGCUCAAGAGUCCCAGCUCUGAGGUGUGGUUCGACAGAAGAACCAACUACACCCGCUCCCUUGCCGUCAUGUCUGUGGUUGGAUAUAUCCUCGGACUCGGAGACAGACACCCAUCUAAUCUGAUGCUGGACAGGCUGAGUGGAAAAAUCCUCCACAUUGACUUCGGAGAUUGCUUUGAGGUUGCUAUGACCAGAGAGAAAUUCCCUGAGAAAAUCCCCUUCAGGUUGACCAGAAUGCUGACCAAUGCUAUGGAGGUAACAGGAUUAGAUGGGAACUACCGGAUCACGUGCCACACGGUGAUGGAGGUGCUGCGAGAACACAGAGACAGUGUCAUGGCCGUGCUGGAGGCCUUCGUCUAUGAUCCUUUACUCAACUGGAGGCUUAUGGACACCAACACUAAGGGAACCAAGCGCUCCAGGACUAGAACUGAUUCCUACUCAGCUGGACAGUCUGUUGAAACUAUGGAAGGUAUUGACCUGGGAGAAACGACUCACAAAAAGCCAGGAACCACCGUGCCUGAAUCUAUUCACUCUUUUAUUGGUGAUGGCCUUGUGCAGCCUGAAGCCUUGAACAAGAAAGCCAUCCAGAUUAUCAACAGGGUGCGAGACAAACUGACUGGACGAGACUUUUCGCAUGAUGAGACCCUCGAUGUCCCGACACAAGUAGAGCUGCUAAUCAAGCAAGCCACAUCACACGAGAACCUGUGCCAGUGUUACAUUGGAUGGUGUCCAUUCUGGUAGAGCUGCUCUUCAUUGUGUCUUGCUGUGGUUUCCUGUGGUAUUUGCUGAUACUAUAUCGUACCAACGUUAUGUUGUAAUAAUAGAAUCACAUGAAUUAGACAUUUUAUGUCUGCUUUUUAUUAAUUUAAUGGUGUAAUAUGAAAUGGAAUUAUGCACAAGAGGAGCCAAUUAUUUGAUUGAAAGUGUUCAGCUCAUGAGAUCAGCAUUUCUUUGACAAUAAAUUGUUGUUCUGUCUUUUCA